AUGUCCUCCGCCCCUUCGAGCCCAUCGGCUCUUCCCGAAUGCGCUCCAGCUCCGCUCGGUCCUUCCAACCUUCCCCAUGCUGAAUCCACACGCCCAUCGGGAGCGGGAAUUCUAAUGAGACCGGAACCCGUUACCAUUGGGGAGCCCUUCAGCUUUGCCUGGCCAGAUGCCAAGCGCAAAGCUGACACUCCCAUGCAAAAGGCAUCUGAUGCCAAACGCAAGAUGGAUCCUGUUACGCAACACACCCCUGAUGCUAAACGCAAGAUGGACCCCGUCACACUAGAGCCACCCGAUGCCAAACGCACACGCCUAGAGUACAAGGACACCGUCACGGUGAUUGCUGGCGAGAGUUUUCGUGAGCAGCUUUUCGUCGUGCACACGGAGAUAGCCACGGCGCAUUCCGAUUUCUUCCGCAAGGCCUGCGGUGGAGCAUUCAGAGAAGCCAAAGAAGCUACAGUUCGACUUCCUGAGAUCAAGGCCGAUACAUUCAGAUCUUAUGUUCACUGGCUGUACACCGGCAAUGCGCUCGUCACUAACAAGACCAUUGAUGGCGUCCAACGGCCUUACUUCGACAGCUACGCAAUAAAGGAGCGCAUCCAGCUCCUCACCGAAUUGUACAUCGCAGCCGACAUGCUGGCGGACCUCCCACUUCGCAACGCCGUCAUCGAUGCCCUAGUCGAACAUCUGUCAAUUGGCGAUUGCGUCUUGGCAGGCACGAUUGAGAUGACGUACACGCACACGCCAGAGACGUCAAAGAUACGCAAACUGUUCGUUGACCACUGCCGAACUCUGCGCUCUGUCAAUUUCUUCAAGGUUGUUGGAGAGCGACUUCCACAUGGAUUCUUGCUUGACCUUGUCAUGGAGAUGACCGGCACCAAUCCUGCAGUCGCCAAGCUCACAUACGCCGAUCGAUGCAGAUAUCACGAGCACAGUGAACAUAUGUAG